AGUACAAGAUUUUCUUGUUCAGUUACUUAAUUAUUUAAGUCUUUAAUAUACUUUAUAUUUGUAUUUGCCGCUCAAAGCGACAACUAAAUCAAUAUUGAUUUAUACGGAGAUAGCGUCGGUCUACGCGCAGGCUAGCUGCGCAUACGACUCUCUCUCCGGCUUGCUCGCUGUGGCUUGCACAUCUUGUUGCUUGGACGCUUGACUGUUCGUGUGCUACUAGUUACAACUCAAGCAUCCUUAUUAAUAUUGAUAACAUUAUUAUACGUAUUUUACUUGAUAGCUAAGAUUGUUUAGAAGUGUUUUAUAUUUAAUAGAAGAUUAAAUAAACUUAGAUUCAGAUUAAACUAAAAUCUUGUGUUCCACUUUUAUUUAUAAACCCGACAGGUUAUGAUAACCCAGUGCACGCUUCCACUGCGUACGUGAUUUAUUUAUUAAAAAUAAAUUGGGUAAAGUGAUUGAUCACAAGAUGUCAGAGUCAGACAAAGCUCUACUGGAUGAUAAUGACAGUAAGGAGAUGUUUGAACAUGUUGAACAAGAUUCUGGAAAUACUGAGAAGGACCCAGCAUUACAGAUUAAGACUGAGAAAACUGAGGACACGCUCCACAGUUUGUCUCAAUUCCGCAAAGGAUUAAUGCAACAAACAAAUGGUAAUAAUCCGGAAUCAUCAACAAAAUCUAGUGACAUUAAAGAUGUAAAAGUGUCACUUGAAAGGAUGAAACAUUUCUCAACUCCUGUCAAACCAGGCCAGUCGAUGAAUAAAGAUGACAAUAUAGAUGAUGUUACAGAUGAUGGUAAGAAUGACAGCAAAGAUGAUGGUGCAGAUGAUGACUUUAAAGACAAGAGUGAACAGACCAAGAUUAAGAUUAGAAGCAGUGAAAAGAUGUUAAUGCUUGGUAAUAAGAAUUUAGAAGACAUGAAGAGGUUGAUGUUGGAGUCAAACAAGCAGACUCAAGAGAUGGCAGCGUCAAUUGGAAAAACAGCUAGGAGACUCGAGGAAGUCUCUAUUGCAAUGUUAGAUGCACUAAAGGUGAUGACAAAAGGUUAUCAAUCAGAGUUAGAUCGAGAAAAGAUUAAAGCAGAAGCAACAAAGUUAGAAGCAGAAAAGAAGACCGGAGAUGGAGAUGAUACUGUUAAAGCACAGAUAGCAAAAUUUGACAGCAAGACAAGAUGUUACAGAUGUGCUAAGACUGGACAUAGAAUCGAGGACUGUCUAUUGUCAAAAGACUUGUGGUUUUGCUAUUUUUGCCAGGACAUUAAAAAUCACAAAGGUGCAGAAUGCAAGGAAGGAAGACUCAAAAGUAAGAUUUUGAAUAAUGAUAAUAUAAAAUCUAGAGGUAAAGUAGAUAGACGAGGUUUUAUUAAAGUUAGAAAUAAUGUGAAUUCUAAGCCAUAUAAUAAUGAUAGACGUUUUAAGAAUUGUAAUAAGAAUAAUCAACAGUCAGCUCAAAAUGCACCUAAACGGGACAGUAGAAGUGCAAAAAGAGUGACUGAUGAAAGACAAGGUAAGAAAUUAUUAAAUGAAGAUUUAAUAGAUGAGAUUAAAUUUAUUGCUGAUUCAGGAGCAACAGAUCACAUAGUAAAAAAUCGAUUGAUAUUAAGCAAUUUUGAAAAAUGUGAAAAUAAAGUAAUUAAGAGUGCCAAUAAGAAUAAAUCGGCUGAUAUUUUAAUAGAUGGAAAAGGCGAUCUUUUGCUCUACACGAAUCAAGAUAACAAGAUAAUUAAAUUAUCAAAUGUUAUCAGUGCUAAAGAUGUAUCAGAUAAUUUAUUAUCAUUAAGAAAAUUAGUAGAUAAAGGAUUUAAGAUUUAUUUAGAUGAUAAGACUUUGAGAGUAUUUAGUGAAAAUUUAGAAGAAAUAAUACUAGAAGGAAUAUAUGAACAACCCAACUGGAUCUUGAACUUCAAAGUUAAGAAUUACAUCGACGACAAAAACAAAUUAGAUUGGGAAUACAAUACUUAUCGUUGUAAAGCUGUAAUGAUUCAAGAAGAUGACACCGAUGAAUCAGAAGUAGAUUUACAAAGGAAGGAGGGAGAUUCAGAAAACAUAGAGGUCAAGGAUUCUUCAAUUAGGAGGGAGGAAGAAGUUACAACACCUCCAGAAAUAGAACAACAUCCUGAAAAUCCAGAUGAUGACAUGUUUAAUUGGGAUUCUAGUUUAAUAACUAGAAAUACAAUUAAGUUAGAUGACAUCGAGAGCAUUAAGAAUUUAGAAGAGCUAUUCACAUCAAAUCCAUUAGAGCAAGGGACAACAGAGUCAAGUAAAAUAAAUGAAGCUAUGUUAUGGCAUGUAAGACUUGGUCAUGCUUCAUUAAAUUAUCUCAAGAAGUUACAGAAAGUAUACAGUAAAUUAGAAAAAGUUAGAUUUGAUGAUUCAAUUCUAGAUUGUGAAAUAUGUAUUAUGUCAAAGAUGCAAAAAUUACCAUUUAAAGAAGUUAGAAGACGAGCAUCAAGACCAUUACAAAUAAUACAUACGGUCACGAUGGGUCCAAUAAAACCAACUUCACACCCAGGACACAAAAGAUUUAUUAAUGUGUACAUAGAUGAUUACUCCAGAUUAGCUAGAGCAUACCCAGUAAAGACUAAAGAUGAAUCAGGAGAAACAUUAGAAAAAUUUCUAAUAUCUACAAGAAAUUUACUCGGCAAAGAUGAAAAAGUAUGCUACGUUAGAUCGGAUCAAGGAACAGAAUUCACUGGUGGAAAAUUUCUAGAGGUUUUAAGAAAAGAAAAGAUAGAAUUAGAAUUAACACCGCCUUAUACCCCUGAACACAAUGGAGUCUCUGAAAGAUUCAACGCUACGUUGCAGAGAAAAGUCAGAACCUAUAUGUUAGAUUCUGGUUUACCCAAGAGUAUGUGGGAGUUAGCAGUGGACGCAGCUGUUCACUCAUACAACCGAACACCACAUAAAUCUAUAGAUUAUGAUGUACCAUUGAUGAAAUUUAAUAAGAAUGAAAAUUGUCAUUUUGAUAAAAUUAAAAGAUUUGGAUGUAUUGGAUAUAUUAGAAUUCCAAAACCAGAGCACAAGUUCAGCGAGAGAGCAAUCAAAGCUGUAAUGGUAGGAUAUAAACCCACAGGAUACUUGUUAUGGCACCCAAGUACUGGAAAAUUUCUAGAGUCACGACAUAUUAGAUUCAAUGAAAAAUUAGUGUACAAAGAUGUAUAUAAGAAUAAACAAACAGAAGAAACUGAAGAUGAAAUUAGUUGGAAGUCAGAUGAAAAUGUACCAAAUAAUUUAGAAGACAAAAUCAACGAAGAAAAGGAGAAACCGGAACAAAGAAAAAGAGGAAGACCCCGUAAAAAUCCACUAGAUGUUAAAAACUUAAUUGAAAAGAAGAAUUCAUCAGAAGAAAUUAGACCAUGUACUAGAGGUGAGAUGAAAAGAAAAUUAGAAUCUGGAAAAGAUAAAUUGAUUGAAGACAUAAGCUUUGCAAAAAGUGUCAACGUGUCUGAAGAUCAAUCUAAGAUGGAUGAACAAGAAUUAAUAAGAUGUUUAAUUACUUCUUUAAACAAAGAACCUAUUAACUAUGAUGAGGCAAGCAACUCAAGUGAAAGAUGUCAAUGGAUGAAGGCUAUCAAAGAUGAAUUGGACUCAAUAACUAAAAAUGAUGUCUGGGAAUUCGUAGAUUUGAAAGAAGCAAGUAAAAUUAAAGGAAAAUUAAAUAUCAUUGAUUCAAGAUAGGUAUUUAAAAAGAAAGUAGAAGUAAAUAAAGAUGUACUUUAUAAAGCACGACUA